AUGUCAUUGCAUCUUGAGACGCGGAGUUGGGGCUCCUUCUUGUGGAGUUGGCACUUCUUCUCGCGGAGUUGGCACUCCUUCUCGUGCAAAACCCUUUUCUUCCACACGCACACAAACUCAACCAAUGUCUUGCUCCAUGUCGGCAAUAAAACAGCACAACGCCCACCGCAACCGGACAUAAAGACUCUGCCUGCCACUUCCAGUGAGGCGUCCACGGAGCAGUGUACAUCAGGAGCAGCUGGCGGGCGGGAGACGAUGCCAGAUGAGCGGGCGGUGGAGGAGGCUGCGUGGAUGACCAUCCGUCAUGGCUCCGGAAAAUCGGCGGAGGCCAUUUUGGCAGGAUGGACGAUCAAGUCGGGCGUCGGUGGGCUCAAGGCGCACACAAACUCAACCAACGUCUCGCUCCACGUCGGCAAUAGAACAGCACAACGCCCAUAG